UAUUAGAAAAUAAAAAUUGUCACACCCGUGACUACAUAAUGAUUGAUUGGGAUUGUAAUUGCAAACAAAUUAAAAAUGUAUACAUCAUUAUUAAAAUCACAAAACAACAACCAAAACAAAAUAAACUACAAGUAAAUAAUGCCAAUGCCAAACUUUAGCUUAGCAUGUGAACUAUACAAUUUUCCAAAGCCAACCUCCAAAUUUCAUUUUAAGACGCAAAUAAGAAAGAACAGCUACUUGUAACAGAGCACGUGAAUCCUUAUAUCAGUCACAAGAGCAUAGUAGAACACCACUCACUGUUUUCAGUUAUACCCCAGGCUCCAGCCAAAACAUAUUAAACACCCCAUUAUUCGAGAACGAUGUACCAUCUUGCGUGCAGCGGAUGCACAAUACAAUUGUAGUAAGUCGAUUUUGAAUAUAUGUGUUAUGAGCUAGAUUUUUGUGUUUAUAAAACUGAAUGUGUUAUGAAUAUACGUUUAUGUAUUAGUGUUACCUUAGUCGUUACUCCGUAUAUGAAUGAAAAAGUUUACUCAAAAUUAUUAAAAACCGACUUUUAAAAAUAGGGUGUACAAUAAAGAAUGUGUUACGUCGAUUUUGUGUGAAACAACAACCAACAUAUUCAACUCCGCCACUUCCAGCUAUAAAACUUCAGAAACAUAGAUUAGAAAAAUACAGAAGCAGCUAUAAAGACACACACAGACAGAGAGAAAGAGAGAGAGAGAGAGAGUACCUAAUAUUCUUCUAGAGACUAUAGCUCAAUGAAGAAACAAGGGUGUGAGAUUGAAGCAGUAGGCAUAACUUACAAAAUCUACGGCCAUAACAAUGAAAACCCAUUUAGCAUCUUCAAGAGAGAGACUGAUCAACAAGUUCAUCAAACAACAUCUUCUUCUGGAGUGAGAACAGUGCUAAACCAGGUGAAUUGCAGAGCAAAGCCAUGGGAAAUCCUCGCUAUCGUGGGGCCGAGUGGUGCAGGGAAAUCUUCCUUGCUUGAAAUACUAGCAGGCAAGCUCACCCCACAAGCUGGUUCAAUUCUCAUUAAUGGCAAUGCAAUUGAAGCAGCCAACUAUAACAAGAUUUCAGGGUUUGUUACUCAGAAAGACAUGCUGUUCCCGCUCCUUACUGUGGAGGAAACACUGAUGUUUAGUGCAAAAUUGAGGCUAAAACUCCCGCCUUCGGAAUUAAGCUCCAAGGUGAAGUCAUUAAUGCAAGAGCUAGGACUUGAUCAUGUGGCAAAUACCCGGGUGGGAAAUGAUGGGAUACGCGGAAUCUCUGGAGGAGAGCGCAGGAGAGUCUCCAUUGGUGUUGAUGUGAUCCAUGACCCUAAGGUGCUAAUCCUGGAUGAGCCAACAUCAGGGCUUGACAGUACCUCAGCACUGCAAAUUAUUGAUAUGUUGAAAAAUAUGGCAGAAACUAGAGGUCGAACGAUCAUUUUGAGCAUCCAUCAACCUGGUUUUCGCAUUGUGAAGCAGAUUAAUUCAAUCUUGUUAUUAUCAAAUGGCACAGUUCUGCACCAUGGCACAGUUGAUCAGCUUGGGUCCAAGCUUGGACUAAUGGGUCUUGAGCUCCUCCCUCAUUGUAACAUUGUAGAAUUUGCAAUAGAUUACCUGGAAACAAUCCAACAACAACAAGAGGAAGAAAUUUCAGCUUCAUCACUGCAACAAGCAGCUCCUGCAGCUGCCCCACAGCAGAGGAGAAAGACCCUUCAACAGCUCUUUCAGCAAUCUAAGGUGAUGGAUGAAGAGAGUGCAUACAUGGGAAUUGAGCUUGAAACCCACAAUUUUGCUAACUCCAGGUUGAGGGAAAUAGUUAUCCUUAGUCACAGAUUUUCUAAGCUUGUUCUCAGGACAAAAGAGCUGUUUGCCUGCAGGACCCUACAGAUGCUGGUUUCAGGGCUGGUGUUAGGGUCUAUAUUCUAUGAUCUUAAGCAUAAUUUGGAAGGGGCAUUUGAAAGGGUUGGAUUAUUCGCAUUUAUCUUAACAUUUUUGCUGACCUGCACCACUGAAGCACUGCCUAUUUUCCUGCAGGAGAGAGACAUACUAAUGAAGGAAACCUCCUCAGGGAGCUAUCGAGUCUCUUCUUAUGUCAUUGCAAAUGCCAUAGUGUACCUCCCAUUUUUGCUCAUCCUAGCCAUUUUAUUCACAGUUCCAGUGUAUUGGUUAGUGGGUCUAAAGCCGGAGUUCAUGGCAUUUGCACACUUCUUACUGCUCAUAUGGUUAAUCCUCUACACUGCUAAUUCAGUUGUGGUGUGUUUUAGUGCACUGGUGCCAAAUUUUAUAGUUGGAAACUCUUUAAUUUCUGGUGUGAUGGGAUCAUUUUUUCUGUUCUCAGGCUACUUUAUAUCAAAGAAGCAAAUCCCAAAAUAUUGGAUUGGGAUGCAUUAUCUGUCCUUGUUUAAGUACCCUUAUGAAGGGUUCCUAAUCAACGAAUUUUCGGGGUCAACAGAGUGUUUGGAGAGCAUGUUUGGGAUGUGUGUGAUGAGUGGGAAGGAUGUCCUAAAGGAGGAAGGCUUAGGUGAGCAGAAUAGAUGGAUGAAUGUGUUGAUUACGGUGUGCUUCAUUUUGCUGUACAGGUUCAUAUCUUAUGUCAUUCUCAGAUGUAAAUGCUCCAAAAGGACUUUCAAGGGUUCUAUUGUUUGAAAAUGGUUAUGGGGACUACAGAUAGCUAUCAGAUUGCAUACACAUUAUAAUAAGCAUUCACAACUUUAUGAAGAGGAAAAUCAGGUGCUAAAUUUUUAUUUUGAAAAAUAAUUUUUUAUGAUCAAAAUAGAAAGAGAGAAAUAACAAUGCAGUGUUUUUUCUAAAGUACAGAUGGAGUACAUAACAACAGUUCUUUCCUUUAGAAAUUUUGCAAACAACAAAACAAACCAGACUGCUUCUAUUUGAGCAAUAGUUAAGUUUUUGCUAUGUCCAAGGCACUAUUCUAACCUUUUCUUUUUGCUCCUCUUCCUCUUUGUCUCAUGCAACUAAUAGGUUUGCUGUAUAAGGUGAAACUCUAAAAGAGACCAGAGGCCAAAGGAAGGGAAAAAUGAGGCUGAAAGAGCCUACAACUCAAGGUGUCGUGGCCCACCGGAUCACGCAAGUAAACAAAUUUACAGCAAAAGAACCGUCGCAGUCUCAUGUGAAGACUCUACACUAUCACAUGGUAACUAAUUAAUUAUUGAUGAAGAGGACUUGUUUGGGUUUCGCAAGUGGGUGUUGUAAAAAAAAAAAAAAAAAAAAAAAAAAAAAAAAAAAAAAAAAAAAAAAAAAACUUACAGCUGAGUGGUUUAGUUCCAGUAGUUUUCUUGGGUGCUAAUUUUGUUGCUUACGUUGUUUUGCUCUUAUUUUAACAAGAAAUUGUGUAUUUAGAUAGCAAGCUUUCUAUUUUAAUCUUUUUCAAUGUAGCCAUUUAAGCUACUGGUAUCAGGAACCAUUUUUACCUGAACUAUAAUCAUACUGUAAUAAUAAGUAUACUGCAUCACACUGCUCAUUAACUUCAAACAUUUUACGAUGUUUUUAUAUAGUCCC